ACUUUUCAGAACAAGGAACAAUGAGGGGAGGUGAGGAAGUAUCCUUUAAUGCUAGUGGGAAAAUUGGAGGUCCUUAGCUAUUGAAUUACUUGGGUGAUGCCCUUGCAAAGUAGCCCGGGUGUUUUAGGUGCAGAAGCACCUCCACCUGCUCAUCCCAAACCCAUGUCUGGUUCUGAUCUCUGACUUGCUGCCCUGCCAGGGCCUGCAGCUCCAGUCCACAGGGCUGAGUGGAGGGUGCUUGGUGUGCCCAGGGCAGGCUUGCCCAGCCUUCCCCCAGCCAGGAGAGGCUCUGGAGGGACACAGAUGGGGAUGUCAGGCGUUCCUGGCUCUGCCCAGUCCACAUGUUGGGCCCUGCUGAGCUGAAGGAAUUCCUGGGAUCCUCACCCAGCCCUCUGCAGGCAGCGUGGGGAGGGAAGAGCUGGAGUGCAGGACAGCUUUCUGGGCUGCUGGGGAGGGGAGGGAGUGUUUCCAAACCCAGAUGAUUGCUUUGGCAAAGCUGGGCUGGCAGUGCUGGCUGUAAUAUACAGAUCUUUGUUGUUUAUUAUUCUGUCAUGUGAAUCAUCUUACAAAUAAAUGGGAGCUAAAUUUCAUUGCCUGUGCCUGGCAAACAAGGGAGAAUUAGGUGACCCAGUUAUGUCCAUUUGCAGUGUGUUGGAUGCAGCAGGACAAGCUUGAAGCAUUUGGUGUUUUAACAGAGUUUAGUGAAGAAUUCAGUCAUUCCUGACUAACACUGCAGCUUUUGAAUUGCAUGGGUCAGAGAAAGGAGAGAAGGUGAGAAAGGAAUGGAAAACUGGCACUGGGGAGCAGAUCCAUGUUCUGCUGCCAGAGGGCAGUUCCCUCACACAUUUUUCCCAGCUCCAGUCACUGAUCAGGACUGCAGACGUGGAUUAUCUGAUCUCCUGUGGUUUCUAGAAGCAGGACAUCCAGGAGCUGGCAGGAGGGGAAUGAACCGAGAGGGCGUCCCCGGAAAGAGUCCGGAGGAGAUGUACAUCCAGCAGAAAGUGAGGGUGCUGCUCAUGCUCAGGAAGAUGGGAUCCAACCUGACGGCCAGCGAGGAGGAGUUCCUGCGCACGUACGCGGGGGUGGUGAACAGCCAGCUGAGCCAGCUGCCCCAGCACUCCAUCGACCAGGGUCAGAGACAGAAGACAGAAGACAGUAACUGCAGGACACCUGAACAGCACAGAACUGGAGAGGACAGUGAGAUUCCUGAAGAUAGAGGAGGAUGGCUGAGCAUUAAUAAGUUCCUCUGCCCACCCUAAUUGUUCCUUGGUAUUCCUUCUCCUUUGUAAUGUUGUUUCCCUUUGCCCAACCCUCAGAAUGCAUCUCCCAGCCAUCUGUUCCUGUCAGAUUUUACAACUCAGCCGGGCUGUGUUCAUUCAGGACAAACCUGCAGGUGUGGUUUUGGUUGGCUCAAAGGGACAGGCUGUGGUUGGAUAAAGGAAGGCAAUUUUUCAAACUUGACCAAUGGAAACCUUUUAUCUCACGUUUUAUUUUAUAUUUUAAACAAAGUCUCUUGACAUCCUACUUCUAAAGAAGCUUUUCAUGCUGUGGUGCUUAUUUAGGUCAAACUUGUGAAUUUGAAGAGGGUUUGAUUUGGCUGCAUAGAACUGGAAGCAGCUUGUGGUUGGGUGACAAUGCAAAAGCUUUCCCUUCAGUUGGCUUGCAGGUAUUUUGCUGACUCCAACGUUUUCAUUGCAGGAAGCUGAUGUUUUGGUGCAUUGGUUAUUUCUUUAUACUUAUUGACUUGGGGGGGAAAAGACAAAUGUGCUUUGCAAUAUUUAUUACAUCUACACACAUAUAAACGCUUGCUUUUGGGGGGUUGUUUUGGUUUUUUGAUUGGCUUUGAAGUCAUGGUUUGAUUUCCUUUCGGCUGCAGUGUUUCUGAUGCAAUCAGUUUUUCCAUACUCAGCUGCUCUCUGGCCUGGAGCUCUUUUGGGAGCAUGUGUCAAAGCAGAUUUGCUUCAAGAAGUCCACCUGGCCAGGCUGGAGGCCGGGCAUGCCCAGCCCUGGUGGGCACGGGGUGCCCAGCCCUGGCACUCCUGGCUGCUUCCCUCAGAGGAGCUGCAGAUGCUUUGCAGCAAUUGCAAGAAUGAGAUCUAAGGCUGUGACGUGAAUUUGCCAAAUUUGUAUAGAGAAUAUGUGAACUUGUUUAAAAUACUGCAGAGUUCCACUUUAACCCUUUGACUGCUGCACAAGAGUAGCUCUCACAUUAGGAACAAUUAAUGAUCAUUAACUUAAAUCCAGCUUGCACUGGGCUUUAAUAAACUGAAGUUUCUAGUCACUUGAAUAAUUGUACAUGGUUUCCCUCCUUGCAGCUGCUUGGUGGUAGGGAAAUUCUCUGGAUGCUAGGACAGCAGCACGUUCCUGAGGCACUGUUCAGGAGGCAGCAGUGCUGCUUCAGGCUCUCCAGCCCGAGUGUACAGGUGACACUCUCAGGUUCACUCUGCAGCUGCAGGGCCUCCAAACACACACACAGACCUUGACAGAGUGACAAACCUGCACUGGAAGUCCCGAGGUGCACUGACUGCUCAGGAGUCUGCACACAGGCUCCAGCACUGCUGCCUAAAACCAAGCACUUCAUCUCCUCUCACGUGUGCAGGUGGUUUUUACAAAACUUCUGGAUUUUGCUGUGGGUUGCACUGACUUGAGAUGUUUCAGAAUCUAUUAAAGCUGAACUCAAUUUACCUGUUCCUGGUUCUUUUCCUAUGGUUGUUAAUUAUUUACAGUGACAAUUCUAGAAUCUAACUGUGAGAACGUGACCAUUUUCAUGGCCAGAAAUUCUGCUGACAGGAUGCUGUUGUGGUCUCAAAAUGGGGGAAAAGCUGGAGAGAAACCGUGGACUGUCUGCAAAAGGAAGAAUGCACAAGGAAGAAAUUAUCUUGAGCAAAUAAAUACUGUGUAAUGAGAGCAACUGUACAUCUAUUUAUGAAAAUGCUCCUUUUGAUUCAGUUGCAGCUUUGUAAAGUUCUAUGUGAAAGUAAAUCUUUUACCCCUUUUUGUUGGGGCCAGAUAAGAAAUGUCUUUAUUAAAAUAAACCAGGAAUGAGCCCAAA